AUCAGUUUGUAGUGUAGACGGUGUUCGUACGAGACACAGGUCGUUUAAACAAAACAAAAAAAAAUAGAAAGAAAAUCAAUAAAAUAUUCAAAAAUUUAAAGAGAAAUUUUUGCAUACAAAUUCAUCUUUUAAUUAUUAAAAUUGUCGUAACCGAUUAUUACAUUUGUGUUUAAAAAAGUGCUUAUGAUGAUACUGGUGUCCUCAUAUUUUGCUGCAUCAUUGGUGGUACUUGUCAAUGCUCUGACUCCGAAUCUACUAACAGACGAAAACCUUCUAAAUACAAAUGCUGUACAAUCGGAAAAUGCCAUCGAUAGCAACAUCAACCCGUUGGACUAUUUAUUCAAUCAUUCAUCGGAGUUUCAGCAAAUUUAUUCAAUGUUUGGUGUCUUAUUAAACAGUAGGAAAGAGUACGAAUUUAACAUGCUUUUGCCAAAUGCUACGGUUUUACCACCAAUCAAUGAAAGCAUUCAACAACCGCCGUCUAAAAAGUCAUUAUCACCGCCACAUAUGUGCGUAGCUUCGCACGAUGAUUUAUUCAAGAUAUGGAACGAAAUGAAUAAAAACAACACCGACAAAUUUCUUCAUUUCGAUUCGAUUACCCUGACACAAUCAGCAGCUUGUAGCGAAGUGGAUCGAUUGAAAACGGCAAUUUUGAUAAUAAAACAAAAUUUCGAUGAAAUGUUGCACAAGGAAAUAUCUUCGAAGCAAUACAAAGAAUUGAAAACGGAGUACGAGGAGAAAUUCAAAAAAUUGCAACAACAACUAAAUGUAGCCCAGACCAUUGUAAGCCAAGACGAGAAAAUAGAAUUGGAUUCCAUGCAAAAUGAACUUCAAGUUCAACACUACCAAAUCAGUAAUGUGCUGCGGAAAAUGGAAAGUGAACGCAGGAUUCUAAACGAUGCGUACAUACGACUGUGCAUCGCCGAUUUGGAAAGACAGAACAUUUCUUCGGCUGUUGAAGCUUUCAUGAACAUUACGGAAAGGGCUCAAAUCCGACGCAUCAUUUACGCUGUCUAUGCUAACAAAGAAGAAAAUUUUAAAGUAAUUUUCGAAUUCGUCAAACAAACAAACGACCUUGAGUCAUUUUUAUUGGGAUAUUCGUCAUUGUACGAACAGAUGAAAACCAAUCAACACAUGAAUGUGAUGAAUCUUUUAUUGCUAACCAAUGCGAUAAUUCAGCACCGUCAUGAUGAAGGAUUCAAGCAACUCUUCAAUUCGUUGAAUGAAUCAGUGAAAGUCAUGCAUCAAGAAAGCGACUACGAAAAGUUCUACACCUUCAUGUACAAUAAGAACAAUGAAAGCUUGUUUCUAGCUAAAGAUAUGAUAGCAACAUUUGUCGAGGGUGCGUAUAACGGCAACAUUGGGAAUGUUGAUAAAGUUCUAAGUAUGAUACCGAAAUUGGACGUAAUCAAUCAUCGAUUGCAUCUAAUCGAUGCUCUAUUAAAUGAAAUGAAACUUCACUCACAUUCACAACAAAAGGAAAUCUUCAUGGUGAUCUAUCAGCUGACCCAAACGCGAAUUGCCGUUCACACAGAGAAAGACAAACUUUUGGUGACUGCUAUUGAGCAAAAUCUUCCCGAAAAUGUACGUGAUUUAAUAUUCACCAAUUUGUGCAUACAGAAUGCAAACAAUAACGAGUAUCUCUACUCUGGACAACCAUCAGAUGAGUCUAGGCGCUAUGUUUUCACUUCGGUAAUCAACAAGUUCGACGACACAUUCGACUUUGAAAUGGAGUUUAUGGAUAAGGGCAGAAAGGUUCUGAUCAAAAAUUCACAUUAUCGUGAGCAUCUAUACGUGACAGAAAAUGGCAGUCCGAGGACACUUUUAUCGUGGAUGCCGGCAUAUUUGACCGAAAAUACUGAAGCGCAUUUCUCACUUGAAAUUAUUGAUGGUCCCUAUUUUCGAGUCAGGAGUGAACAUUACGGAGAAUAUCUCUUUUCGCCAAUCAACAAAACUUACACCGAAGACAAUCGAAAGGUGUAUUUCAGACCAGAGAAAAAGGUGAAUUCUGACAGUACUUGGAAAAUUCAAACUUGUAGGCAUAGAGUUCGAUAUGAAUAAAUGAUUUGAACUGUAAA